AUGCUAGGCAGUGCUCCGGGGCUUUCCGGUCGGUGGGAGAGGCUGGAGCCGCGGCCGCGCGCUAGGAUGCUGCGCCAGGUGUUGCACGCGGGCCUGAGGACUUCCUUCCACGCGCUCGGCCGGUUCGUUGCGAGCCACCCGGUGUUCUUCGCCUCGGCGCCCGUGCUGAUCUCCAUCCUGCUGGGUGCCAGCUUCAGCCGGUACCGGGUGGAGGAGGAUGUGGAGAGUCUGCUUGCUCCCAAGCACAGUUUGGCUAAGAUAGAAGGGAACCUGGUUGACAGCCUCUUCCCCGUGAACCGCUCCAAGCACGCGCUCUACUCAGACCUGCAAACACCCGGCCGCUACGGGCGCGUGAUAGUCACCACACGAAAGGGGAGCGUGCUGGACCCGGUUCAUCUGGACACUAUACUAAAGCUCCACAAACGAAUCUACCAGAUGCAGGUGACGGUCCCGGCCACAGGUGUCAACAGCUUCAACUACUCCUUCUCCUACCUCUGUCUCCCAGACGACAAGAACGUGUGCAUCAUCGAUGACAUCAUCCGUGCCAUGGAGGAGAUCCAAUCAGCUCGCGUCUCCAACAGCACCAUCCCAAUAUUGCGCUACCCGAUCACGCAGCUGGCAGACGGGAGGCAGGCAUACAUUGGCCACCAGCUGGGUGGGGUGCAGGGCUGGGGUCCCAGUGGGGGGGUGCGUGGUCAGGGGAGUGGAGCCAAGGGAGAAGGUGUACGUUCUGCAAGGGCGUUGCAGCUCACCUACUACCUCCAAGCCCGCGGCGGCCUAAUGGACCGGGUGGCCAGCCAAUGGGAAAAUGCCUUCUGUGCUGAGUUACAGCAUUUUGCAGCAUUGCACCCUAAACUGGGGUUGCACCCUUCUACUUCCUCUUCUCUGAGGACAGACUUCCAGUUCUCCUCGGUGCUGGCACACCGCCCCCUGUUGGCUAGCUUGGGGGCGUGUGGUGUGCUCGCCAUGCUCUGCUGCACCAUGAGGGACUGUGUGAGGUCCAAACCCUGGUUGGGACUGCUCGCUCUGCUGUCGAUCACUCUGUCGGGCCUCACUGCUGCUGGGAUACUCAACCUGACUGGGACCACCUACAACUCUACUUACCUGGGCAUCCCUUUCGUCAUGCUUGGUCAUGGCCUCUUCGGCUCUUUCGAGAUGCUGUCGUCAUGGAGGCGAACUCGGGAGGACCAGCACGUAAAGGAGCGCGUGGCGAGUGUCUUUGAGGACGUCAUGCUGCGUUUCUCCGGCUCCACCAUGCUCCAUCUGAUGACCCUGGGUCUGGCCGCCUCGCCGCUCACCAACAUGGAGGCUGUCCGGCUAUUCUGCCGCACCGCCACAUUGGCUGUCACCAUCAGCUACAUUUACAUGCUGUCCUUCUACAGUUCCUGCCUGGUGUUCACUGGGUACCUAGAGACUGGGUACAGACAUGGCUGCUUCUGUCGGCGAGUCCCCAAACCGGAGCGCCUGGACUCUAAGCCAGCCUGGUACAGGUGUCUAAUGUACACUCGCUAUCAGGAUGAGGCCCAGACAACCAACCCACCACCCAUCGGGGUCGGCAACAAUCACUCUCACACGCCAAACUCUAACCUAACUCACACUCAUGCACACCCACACCCACACCCACACCCACACCCACACCCACACCCACACCCACACCCACACACGGCAAACAACCCUGCCGCGCAUGGGCUUGGUCAUGUGGCUAACUCCACGCACACGCAUCCGCACACACAUUCCACAGCUCACAUGGACCCUAAUCCUCAGGACUCUCACCUUUUGCUGGGAUGUGUGAGGCGUUGCUAUGGAGACUGGAUCACUAACACCUAUGUCAAACCCUUUGUGGUUCUGCUGUAUCUGGUUUACAUCUCCUUUGGAUUGAUGGGUUUCCUGCAGGUGUCCCAGGGUUCAGACCCCAGUGCACUGGUUGCCAUGGAUACAGCAACAGUAUUGUACACCCGUGCCCAGCAGCGUUACUUCAGCUCAUACUCCCCUGUCAUUGGAUUUUACAUCUAUGAAAGCGCCCCCUACUGGAAUGCCUCAGUUCAACGGGACCUGCUGGAAUACGCCAAAGGCUUCCAGCGAAUCAGCUGGCUCGAAGCAUACCUGAACUACCUGUCAGAUAACAACCAGUCCACCAGCCAGCCGCGGGAAAACUUCACCCACACGCUCCGUCACUCUUUUCUACGCGAGCCGCAAUUUGCCCACUUUGCUGAUGACAUCAUAUUUGCGGAGCGUGGUCAAGGUGAGGAGCCAGAUGUGGCGGCGUCGCGAAUCUUCCUGGUGGCCAAGACAACGGAGAACAAGCGGGAAGAGAUGUCAGUACUGCUGGACACGCUGCGGCGCUUGUCGCUGACCUCGCGUGUCCGCUUCCUAAUCUUCAACCCCUCUUUCGUCUACCUGGACCGCUACGCUGCAGCGGUCAGCUCCCCCCUCAGACACUCACUGCUGGCGGUGCUCUUCCUGUUGGGUCUUUCCUCUCUGGCUGUAGUCGAGCCUUUAGUAUCCGUGUGGCUUGGCCUCACCCUGCUCUCGGUUCAGUUCGGGGUGCUGGGCUUCAUGACCUUAUGGGGUGUGGAGCUGGACUGCAUGUCUGUGUUGUGUCUGAUCUCUGCCUUGGGACAUUCUGCAGACUGCAGUGGCCCCCUCCUCUGCGGUUUCGCCUCAGGUCGAGGUGACAGCAGGACUCGCUGGGUAAGAGUGGCCCUGGAGAGACACGGGGUCCCCUCUCUACAGACGCUUAUCUGCUACAGCGCCGCCCUGGUGCCUGUCGGGGCAGUACGCUCCAACCUCACACACACACUGUUUCGCUGCCUCACCCUGACGGCCGGCUGCUCGGCCCUUCACACGCUUGCAUUCCUGCCGACCCUUCUCACUUUCCUGCCUCCCUCCAAGACCCGGGGAAACCGACCUGAAGGAGACGGCCAGAGACAGGAGGUGGAGUGCGUUGAAAUGAACGACAGCACUCGUGUGGUUGACCAAAUCACCACUGUAUGAGCAUGAGAUGAGGGGCUCUUGGUUGCCCUGGUGACUGCCAGCUGGGAAUUGGUUCCAUGUAAUCGGAGCAGCUGCUAUUCACGCUGAAGACAAGAAUGCCAAUACGUGUGAAACAAGGAGGAAAAAGAAGGUGUCACUAAGAAAAAAAAUUGAGGUAGAGAGUCUAGAGGGAACAGUAAAGGAGAGUCUAGUGGCAACUGAAGAAAACGAGAGUCAAAUGCAGUGUAUCCAUGGUUACCUGCUUGUUUUCUAGUGCUGCGUGGCAUGUUAAUGAGCUCUUUUCCAAACAGCCAAUCAGAUGUUGAGGCUCAGGUGAGGUCAGGUCUGGCUGUGACAUUAUCACAGAGGAGCAACCACAAUUUUCACGUGUCCAAAAGUUGCUUUAGAUCUGAUCACACUGUUUGGCUUCUGCUAUCUGUGUUCACCAUAUCAGUUCCAUAGCUGCAACAACAUGAGGCUAUCAUCUGUAUGACUCGAGUAUUUCUACUUUAAUG